AUGGCAGAUCCUUUAACCCCCACCAAAUCACAUGCCGGGAACUUGCAACCCCACAGCCCCACAGGGCUAAAUCUAAUUGGCCGAUUCUGGUGCCGCAAAGGUGAUGGUUUGGGGGGCCCUGUUGCAAACAGAUUCCUUUUGUGUGAGGUUUCGCAGCGCUUGUUUUUUCUUUGCUCGGCCCUUGUGGGUUUGCAAAAGCUCGGUGGGGAUCAAGAUGGUGAGAACGGAUCUGUGUAUCAGACAAUCGAAGCAUUUGAGAAACAGUUCUGUGAGACGUGGCUGGUCAGUAAAAACCAUAUACCCGUAAAUUUUUCGCAGAUCGAACGGUUUGUUCGGUGCGGCCUUGACAAGUUUGUCAUCGGAACGUCAACACUAGUGAUGUUUGUUGGACUGCUGUACUUGCAGCUGCGAAUCGAUCGUCACAGUGCCAGGAGCUUGCACCAGGUCAUGGACAAGACCAUGUCUUUCGGUUUGAGUGCUAGCCCCCUUGAUGGGCAGUCAUGGCUGGAGGUUGGCAUGAUCAUUUGGUUGUGUCCAGACUCAGGCUGGUUCAACACGGUUUCUGGCAUUUUUGCAUCAACGCAAAGAAUCAGAAGGAAUCGGGAUCAGUUGCUGAUUUUUUCAUUCAUGUCCUCCAUGGAUGUGGACCACUUGACUGCAGAAAGGGGUGGCCUGAGAAAUCUGUUGGAGACUUCCAUCAAGGAUCAAAACCAAGACCAUGUGGAGAAGAACCUUGUUUUGGAGAGGCUAGAGUCAUUGGUGGAAGCGGGGGAAGUGGACAAGCCUUGGACAUUUUUUACGCAAGUUCCAGAAGUGCCGGGCAUGCCGCCGCCUAGCAUGGUUCCUUGCAUGGCACCUGGCAUGGCGCCUGGGCGUGCCGGUUGGCAUGGCCCCUAA